UGUGACUGGGACCCUGAAGGCAACAGAACAAUCCUCACCUACUGAUUGGUCAGCCGGCUCUCCGUGUCUCCGGAACUAUUCGCUCCAGAGGGUCACCUUGCAGCUUCUGAUCCGCUUCAGAGGCUCCACAGACCGGCAGAGAGAGGCUCUUCUCACCGGGGACUGAUCCACCGAUCCGGAAACAUGGCGGAGGCGAAGCCCAAGACCUCCCCGAAGGCAGUGAAGUUCCUGUUCGGAGGACUAGCUGGUAUGGGGGCCACAGUGUUUGUGCAGCCUCUAGACCUGGUGAAGAACCGGAUGCAGCUGAGCGGUCAGGGGACGAAGAGUAGGGAAUAUAAGACCAGUUUCCACGCUCUGGUGUCCAUCCUGAGGAACGAGGGGGUGGGUGGCAUCUACACUGGUCUGUCUGCAGGGCUGCUGCGUCAGGCCACCUACACCACCACCCGGCUGGGGAUCUACACCAUCCUGUUCGAGAAGAUGACCGGCUCCGACGGGCGGCCGCCCAACUUCCUGCUCAAGGCGCUGAUCGGGAUGACGGCCGGGGCCACGGGGGCGUUUGUUGGGACCCCAGCGGAGGUGGCUCUGAUCCGGAUGACGGCUGACGGACGUCUCCCUGCAGAUCAGAGGAGAGGUUACAGUAACGUGUUCAACGCUCUCGCUCGCAUCACCAGAGAGGAGGGGGUCACCACUCUGUGGAGGGGCUGUAUUCCCACGAUGGCUCGGGCGGUGGUGGUGAACGCAGCUCAGCUCGCCUCGUACUCUCAGUCCAAACAGGCUCUGCUGGACUCAGGGUACCUGCAGGACGGUAUUCUGUGUCACUUCUGUGCCAGUAUGAUCAGCGGACUGGUGACCACAGCGGCCUCCAUGCCUGUGGACAUCGUGAAGACCAGGAUCCAGAACAUGAGGAUGAUUGACGGGAAGCCCGAGUAUAAGAACGGUCUGGAGGUCCUGCUGAAGGUGGUGAGGAACGAGGGCUUCUUCUCGCUGUGGAAAGGCUUCACUCCGUACUACGCUCGCCUUGGGCCGCACACCGUGCUCACCUUCAUCUUCCUCGAGCAGAUGAACCGCCUCUACAAGACCCACGUGCUGGACCGCUAAAACACACACACACACACACACACACACACACACACACACACACACUCACACUCACACUCACACACACACACACACACACACACACACACACACACACACACACACACACACACACACUGUAUUCAGAAUUGUUUUUAUAAGGAAAAGAGUGUAAGAUAUAAAUCGUCACUUAGUGAUGUUAAUAAAUAAUAAUGAUGAAAAAAGUCUUAUUUGUGAAACCAUGAUCUGUGCAAGGCAUUAUGGGAUGGCUGUGUAACCAUGACAACGGCCAAGUGAAUAAAGGAAUGGAGCCUCA